ACGCCGCGCCCCACCAAUCAGAGUCUGGCGGCCGAGGGAGCGGUGAGGGGCGCGGACAGCUUUCUCCCUUCUGAAGAGGAAUAUGCGAACCUGUUCAUCCACCCGAAAGAACCUGCUGACCUUUGCGUUUCUUAUUGGAGCUACAAUUUUGGUAUACUAUUUGCUUCCUAACGUCCUGCCUUCCUACACCAAGCCUUCAGGGCUCCCUCAGACACUUGACAUGAUUAACACUCGGCUGCUCUUAGUCAAUGUCACUGUGCAGAAUACCCAAAAUGCAGGAACCCUGGACAUGUUCUACAGGGAAGCACUGCCUCCAGAAAAGGAUGGAGAAGGCUCACAGCCUAGAUUGGAGGUACUACUGCUACAUGGACAGGCAUUCAGCUCUAAGACGUGGGAAAGUAUUGGGACACUUAACAUUCUCACACAACAAGGAUACCGAGCUCUCGCGGUGGACUUACCAGGUUUUGGAAAUACCCCACCCAUGGAGAUUGGGAAAACAGACAAGGACCGGGCUGACUUCUUGUUGGCCUUCCUCAACGCUGUGGGACUUCAGACCCCAGUCCUGAUCAGUCCAUCGAUGAGCGGUCAUUUCUCUAUCCCGUUUGUGAUGUUUCACAAUCAGAGACUGAAGGGCUUCGUCCCUGUUGCACCCGUCGGGACAAAUGCGUACAGUGCUGAACAGUAUCAGAAAAUCCAGACCCCAACACUUGUUGUAUUUGGAGAACAGGACACAAAUCUGGGUGCACAGUCCCUGAAGAAUCUCAGACAUCUUCCACACCACAGUAUCUUCAAAAUACCCAGAGCACAUCAUGCUUGCUAUCUGGAUGAGCCACACAAGUUUCACGAUGCUCUGCUGGACUUUCUAACUAAAUUUCAGUGAGCGUGUGCUACUGUGCAGCAUGUCCUUACCAAAUUGUCAAGACCAUAACUGAACCAGCUUCUACAGCAGUUGAAUUUAACCAGCCUCCUCCACUCUUAUACAGAAACUCUGCAAUGUGAACCCAUUUAAAAAUAAAUCAUUCAGAUUACCACCAUUAAAAAACUUGGUGUCAACAGAAAGUUCAUGUGGACGAAUUACAUGUGGAAAAUUGACAGAAACAGAAAUUAAAAUGAG